AGGCUUAUCUCCCGGUCUGCUGCUCGCGCGGCUUCCACUGCCACCACGUCGCCCCAGACCACCAAGGCGGCUGGAGAUAUCUCGUCGGUAUUCCCCAGCCUGCGACCAGACUAUACGCCCGAGCCGUUGCCUCCACGGUUUCGGGAUCUGAAGUUGCGUUUCUUCGAGAAGAAUGAGGAAGCUUUGACGCACAGCUGGAAGAGACUGCUGGCAAGUCUGCAGGGGGAAGUGAGGAAGAUCCAAGCUCGAGGUAGUAAUAUCAUCCCGUCGAUCCAAUACAGUCAUGUCGUGUCAGGCAAGCUCUCUGAAGCUACGAUGACUGAGAUUCGGCACCGAGGCACCGUUGUCAUCCGGAACGUAGUGCCUAGGAACCAAGCGCUCGAGUGGAAGGAGAGGAUCAAAGACUACACGGCUACAAACAAAGAGAGGAUCAAAGCGUUCCCGCCUGAUUCGCCUGCGGUGUAUGAGCUGUACUGGACGCCCUCGCAGGCCGAAGCAAGAGCCCAUCCCAACCUGAUGAAUACCCAGCGCUUCCUCCAGCGGCUGUGGCAUUCGUCGGACCCUCGCAUGCGACUUUCCACAAGCCAUCCGUUGUCGUACGCAGACCGUCUGCGGAUCAGAGAGCCUGGAGACUCGAAGUUUACGUUAGGACCUCACGUGGAUGGAGGCUCCCUGGAGCGCUGGGAGGAUCCGGAGUACUCGAGUGUCUACAGCAAGAUUCUCGGGGGGAACUGGGAAGAGUACGACCCGUAUGAUGCCAAACAUCGGUUGAACGCCAAGAUGGAUCUGUACAAUGGUGCCGGGGCGUGUUCCAUGCUGCGGUUUUUCCAGGGAUGGAUGUCCAUGUCGGACACUGCUCCGGGCGAGGGAUCGCUUCACGUGUGUCCCAUGAUUGUCCACAGCACCGCGUACACCAUCCUGCGGCCGUUCUUUGACCCGGUAACCUCCCGUCCGGCACUGGAUGCCACCUUCCCUGGCUCUGUCCCAGGAGCAUGCCAGGAGUACAACCCCAUCACGCAUCCCCAUCUCGAGCUGCAGACCACGAUGGUCCCCAUCCCCAAAGUGCAGCCCGGCGACUUUGUAGCCUGGCACUGUGACUCGCUGCAUUCCGUGAACAAAAAGCACCGCGGUUCCAAGGACUCCAGCGUCCUCUACAUCCCCGCCACUCCGCUCUGCCAGAUGAAUGUCGACUACCUGUUGAAACAGCGCCAGGCUGCUCUCACCUACUCGCCGCCCUGGGAUUUUCCCGGGGCCGGAGGACCGGGAGAGCUGGGCUUCCAAGGCGCUAUGGACUGGGAUUCCCUCCAUCCAGAGGGUAAACGCGCGAUGGGUCUGGGCUCCAAGCCCUGGGAGAUCACCGAGGGCAUGAGUGCAGGUGAGCAGCAAGCAAUUCACCUUGCGAAUCAAGCAUGUUUUAGCAAGCUCUCUACAACUAGUUAAAUGUAAAUUCAUGUCAGCAACACCCAG